AUGUCAACUAAUGGAGAUCACUCAAGUCCAGAAGCACAACCAUUAAAAGAGGAAAAUGUUAGAAAAGAAAAUUUCGAAAACAAAAAUUUCUUUCAAAAAUUAUGGUACCUAAAAAGAAAUAUAACCGUAGAGCCUAUCAUGGCAGGCCUAAUUAUAUCAUCAAUGCUGUCAAGGCUCGUGGUCCAAAAUCUUAAUUUGGACAAAGCAUGCAGAGUCAGGCUGAAUUAUACUAAUGAUAUCUGUGACUCCUUAAUUAAGCAGAAGGAAGGCAAUUUCACACUUUAUGAAGGUGAAGUACAAAAAAUCAUAUCAUCGAUUGAAGCUUGGAAAAGUAUAGUGCAGACUGCGAUACCGAUAAUACUUGUUAUUAUCAUGGGUGCAUGGAGUGACAGAACGGGUAAUAGGAAACUUUGUAUAUUGCUACCGAUAUUUGGAGAAUUCCUUGUAUGCAUCAGUAAUAUCCUCAGCACGUUUUUCUUCUAUGAAAUUUCAAUUGAAGUGACGAUGUUCUUAGAAGCUUUAUUCCCAGCAAUUACUGGUGGAUGGGUUAUGGUUUAUUUAGGAGUUUUUAGCUACGUAAGUGAUAUUACCGACGCAGAAUCGAGGACCUUCCGUAUCGGUCUAGUCAAUUUGUGCUUGACAGGAGGAGUACUGAUAGGAACGGCACUGAGUGGAAUUUUACUUAAGUUUUUGGGUUAUUAUAGCAUUUUUACAUUAUCUGGAAGUAUCUACUUGGUGACAUUUAUUUAUGGAUAUUUUUACUUGAAGACGAAAACGAAACCUGGAAUAGAAGACAAUAAGCAGACCAAACCAAUAACUGUCUUAGAUUUAGUAACAUUAGUAAAGGAGACCACGCAGGUUGCUUUUAAGAAAAGGGAAGGGAAUCUAAGAAUGAAAAUCAUCUUUACGCUUUCUGUUGUAGCAAUCGUUUAUGGACCAAAUCACGGUGAAAGACUAAUCACAUAUCUGUUCGUGAGGUAUCGCCUCCAAUGGGACGCAUUCAAAUACAGCAUUUACUCUACUUAUAGUGUCAUUUUGCACUCAGUUGGAGCUUUAUUCUCUAUCAGUGUAUUUAGUAAGCACUACGGCUUCCACGAUUCCAUGCUUUGUAUCAUCUCUAUAUCAAGUAAACUUGUCGGUUCUGUCUUCCUCGCCUACGUUAGGACUGACUUCCAAAUGUUUAUGGUGCCCGUCGUUGAAAUUCUAAACGCGACAACAUUCACGUCCCUCAGGUCAUUGGCAUCGAAGUUGGUCUGCUCUGAAGAAAUAGGAAAAAUGAACUCACUCUUCAGUCUGGUCGAGACACUCGCUGCCCUUGUAUUCGAUCCCACUUACUCUACGGUAUAUGCGAAGACCGUAUCGCUCUUCACUGGAACUGUAUACCUUUUUAGCGGUAUUAUGACCAUUCCUGCUUUAGGAAUCUUGAUGUGGCUCUUUACACGGCAUCGUCGGGAAACAAAACUUAGAAAACAAGAAGCGAUGAAGCAAGUAGUUGUGUCUGGCGACACAAAAGAGACUGUGCAA